CACUACGAAUUUCAAAUUCUCACGUAAAUUUAAUCUUUCGUUAAAAAGCAUACAAUAUGAUUCUUAUCUUAAGUAUUGGUAAAGGAAAUAUUUGCCGAGUAAACAUUGUGACGACAUACAUUGUAUUCGAACUAAUAAGUAAAAUUAUUUUAAACACAAUUACACGCGACGUGCGUAGAACGUUACGGAUCGAUAAUGGCUGUAGUUGUUGGCCGCAUGUUAACAUAUUCGUUGAAUACUCUUAAUUGUUUGCCAAAAGUAAUAAAUAAUAAGAAAUAUGGUACUUACUUCAAUGUCGCUCAUAUUUAGUUUCAAGAUGGAAACGAGUCAAGAAAUGAUUAAUGUUAGAUAGAAAUUAUAAACUGAAAGAACGAUAUUUCGUGGCGUCGAUAUAUAAUAAUGGCGAAUGAUCCUCACUUUCGGGCGUUUCAACGUAUAACGAACGGAAAUGGUGAUAUUACUCGAUGGAAGCUAUGAAAACGCCAACAUCCGGCGUUGCUAAGAAACGAAGAAUCGGAUUGGACGAUAGUUUGGCGCUGCAUGCAACACUCCAUUCAAAUUUCACGUGCGAAUAAAUUUGAACGACGAUAUUUCUUCAAACUACGAUAUCUUUUUAAAAGUUUACAUUGAAAAAUUGUGAAUUAUCUCGACGUUACGAAUUGCACAUUUUAUAUUUUUUCCAUUAAUUUGUUGUAAAAAGAAAAGAACAAAAUCAACGAAUGAAUUGUAAAGAUUUAUUAUGUUUACCUUGUCGUAUCGCAAACGAUGACAGUUCAAAUUAAGCAAAAUCUAUCAUUUUAGAAAAACAUCAUGCGUCGCUCUCGCGACGGUUCGAGAGAUAAAAAAAAAAAGAAAAAAAGAAAAGAAAAGGAAAAAAGAAAAAAAAGCGAUUUACUAAAUGAACGUUAGAAAAUUUAUCUGAUUCGUUGAUUUGUUCAAUUUAUUGUUUCUCCCGUAAUUGAAAUAAAUUCAAUAAGUUUUAAACGCGAAUUCGAAAUUUUAACGAUUUAAUAAAAAAUCCCUAGAGAGAAUAUUAAGAAUAUAUUUUGAUACAACAAUAAGAAAUAUUAUAUACGAUAACUUUAAAUUCAUUGUAAUAUGAUCGAUAAUCUUAUCUACCUUAGGAAAAAUAUUAUUUAUCUCUGUUUUAUUCGAAGUUUGUAUUUGUUUAUAGAAAUUGUUGAGUUUGAUAUUAACGAAACCGCCAGUGGUGUAUAUCUGCGCAGAAAGCUGCGCGUAGUUAUGCGUCUAUAAAAAUUGUUCAUAUCGAAGUAUUGCCGCAGAGCCACAGACGAGAGGAAGGAUUCUCCGGUAGUCAGCGAACCAUUUUUCUGUCGUCAAACGGAUCAAGCUUUUUGUGAGACUUGGAUCGAUCACAAAAAGCGGGAUUCGCUUUUCGCAUAGGAAUUGGCCUGUUGAAGGAGUACCAGCUUAGUCGCAUAGAACCUUUAAAAAUUAUUUAUAAAAUGGAAGAAAUGCGUCAACAACAGCAGGUUGGGCCUACUAUGCUCUCCAAUGUAGGCAAUGUUCCCAACCAUUCAAAUAAUGCCCAUCGUCGCAGUAGAACUCGGAUAACAUUACAUGCCAUGAUGUCAGAGUCAUUAUCACUACCUGAAGCAGCUCGUUUAGAAAUGGAAGCAUUACCUAAUAAGACACCUGUAUCAGUUCUUCAAGAACUACUAUCUCGUAGGGGUACAAUACCUAAAUAUGAAUUAGUUCAAGUGGAAGGUGUCAUACAUGAACCUACAUUUCGUUAUCGAGUUACUGUUGCUGAUGUCGUCGAUCCAAUUGUUUCAGCAAUGGGGACUGGUAGAUCUAAAAAAGAAGCCAAACAUGCUGCAGCCAAGGCUGUUUUAGAUAAAUUAAUUGGAGUAAAUAUUGAGUCUGCAGAAUCUCCUCUUCCAAAAAGUUUAGCCGAUUCUCAAAAUCUACCAGAACUUGAAGGAUACGGAGAAGAAAAAGGUUUAACCAAUCCAAUUGGAGUUCUCCAAGAAAUGUGCAUGUCUCGUCAUUGGCCACCACCAAAAUAUACAAUGGAAGGUGAAGAGGGAUUACCGCAUGAAAGAAAAUUUACUAUUGUUUGUUCUAUUUUGAGUUUUCGUGAAGUUGGCUAUGGUAAAAGUAAAAAAAUUGCGAAGAGGCAUGCAGCUCAUAAAAUGUGGCUUACUCUUCAUGAUACAAACAAUCAAACUAAUAUGGAUGGAGAUGAGAUUAUGCAAAAGACUGCAAAUGUAAAUGCCCGUUAUGCUGACCUGAAAGGUAGCAAAAUUUCAACAUUAACAACGCCUCAUAGUCAUAAAGUUUCACUAUUUCACAAGAACCUCAAGUCUUCCACAGGUGUAAAACUUUUUGAAUUACAGAAUACUUGUUUGAAUGAUGGUGAUGUAAAUUUGGUACAAUUCUUGCAAGAGAUUGCUUCAGAACAACAGUUUGAAGUAACGUAUGUUGACAUUGAAGAAAAGUCUAUUAGUGGUAAAUGCCAGUGCCUUGUGCAACUGUCCACAUUGCCAGUGGCAGUUUGCUAUGGUUGCGGUGUAACCAGUAAAGAUGCUCAAGCCAGUGCUGCUCAAAACGCUCUUGAAUAUCUCAAGAUCAUGACCAAGAAGUGA